AUGAGUUUACACUUGCCGGCUCGGCAGGCUGUAUAUGCCGCUCGCACCAGUAUGGCCAAGCCAUCCCUACUCCUCCCCCGAACUCAAAGUCGAAAUGCCUCCUGGUUGUCAAGUCUCUUCGGAGGCAAGAAAGACGUCGAUACCCCGCUCUCCCGAGAGCUGACGAGACGAGAGAAGGAGAAAAAAAUUAGCGAAAACAUAGUGAAACGUACGCAAGGAGAGUCCAUUUUCGAUGAAGAGAUCAAGGACUCCCAAGAAGCGAAGGGAACUAAGCAAGACGCCACGCUCUCACCUCUCGCCUACAGCAACCAGAGAGAACACAUGCAGAUGGCAUUAGACCCGGACCCGAGGUGGAGGGUACGCUUCCAGCGGAAGAAGAUCAUGCAGAUGGUGCGCGCCGACGGACAGCUAUCCAAGGAGGAACAAAUCAAGCGUACCGAGAAAGAGCUCCAGAGCUCCAGCGGGUACCUUCCCACGAGCACGAAGAAGCUAGUUCAUCUAUCGCAUCAGAUCGCAGGGAAGACUGUCGAAGACGCCAUCACACAGAUGCGGUUCAGCAAGAAGAGGAUGGCACGGGAGGUUCUAUUUCAGCUCGAAGAGGCACGGGACGAAGCCGUUGCCAAACGAGGCAUGGGACUAGGCGCGGUGAACGGUGAGGCCACCACUGCGAAGGCGCGAACGAUUAAGACGAAGGACGGGAGGAACUUGGAGGUCCAGGAUCCCACGCGGCUCUACGUUGAUGAGUCUUGGGUUACGAAGGGCCCACGUCGAGGCAUGAGGAUACAAUACCACGCCAGAGGGCGUAUGUCUCAAAUGUGGAGGCCAACUACCUCGAUCAACAUGGUAUUAAAGGAGGAGAAGACGAGGAUACGGCAACAUGAUGAGAGAGUGGCCAAAGAAGCCAAAAAGGCUCCCUGGGUGCAUUUACCCAAUCGCCCCGUCACAGCACAGAGACAGUACUACUCGUGGUAA